AUGGAUGAUAUGUUUAGCAUUGAACUUCAUCAUGGGGGUAUAUUUGAGAAAUCACACCUUAUGACAUACUUAAGAGGAAAUAUAACUGAAUUUGAAAAGAUAGACCCUGACAUGAUGUCAUAUAUUGAGGUUCAAAGGAUGGCAACUAGAUUAGGGUAUGGGGUGAUCAGUGAAGUGUUCUAUAAAGUACCUUAUGAGUGGCAACAAUUCAGAGAAGUGAAGUGUGAUUUAGAUGUGUUUAGGAUGUUUUAUGACCAUGAUGCUCAUGGAAAAAUUUCUGUUGUGAAAUUAUAUAUUGUUGCACUUUUGUUGAAUGGGGCAGAAAAUGAGGUCAACUCAGAUGCUGAUUUAGGGUGGGAUUAUCUAAUGAGUGAUACCCAACUCAUUACUCCUGUGUCAAGUGAGUAUAGUCCUAGUGAUGAGUUGAUAAGUCUGUGUGAAUUUGAUGAUGAAUGUGUUGAUAGUGGUUAUAUGCACCAGGAUUACAUUCCUUCAAGGGAUUUGGGGGAAAAAGAACUGGAAUUAGGCAUGAAAUUUGGGUCAGCUGCUGAUUUUAGGUUGGCACUUAGGGAAAGUGCAUUGAAAAACAAGUUUGAUAUAAUGUUCACAAGGAAUGAUGGAGAUAUGGUAACUGCAGUGUGCAAGGCUGAAUGUGGUUGGAGGAUACAUGCAAGCAAACCUGAAAAUGAAGAUUGCUUGAUUAUUAAGACCUAUGUGCCAGAACAUACUAACUGUUUAUGGUUUCAUACAAAUGGACAGGCCUCAUCAACCUUCUUAGCAAACAAAUAUUGUGAACAAGUGACAUUGAACCCUAAGAUACCUUUGGGAACACUUAAGAGCACCAUUGCAUCUGAAAUGAACAUUGAUGUGUCCACACAUAAAGUGUAUAGGGCAAAAAGAAAGGCAUUAGCAAUGAUAGAGGGGAAUGAUGUUGAGCAGUAUGGUAAAAUGAGGGAUUACUGUAGCUUGAUAUUGAGAACCAAUCCUGGCAAUGUAGUUAAAAUACAAACUGAGCCCAUUGCUGAUGAAAGUGUUAGAAGGUUUCAAAGAGUCUUUAUUUGUUAUGCUGCAAUGAUAGCUGGUUUUAAACAAGGUUGUAGGCCACUAAUUGGUGUAGAUGGAUGCUUCCUAAAGGGUCCUUAUGGUGGUCAUCUACUGAGUGCAGUGUCUAUGGAUGGGAAUGGUCAAAUGUUCCCAGUUGUAAUUGCAGUGGUAGAGUCUGAGACAAGAGAUUCUUGGGAAUGGUUCAUGGGAGAGUUGAUGGAUGCUGUAGGGCCAUACAAUGAUAUAACCUUCAUAUCUGAUAGGCAGAAGGUACAGUGCCAAAAACUGAAUUAUAAUGGCUGUCAUUUUUGCUUUAAGUGUAUAACAGGUACAGUGCCAAAAACUGAAUUAUAA